GGCUGUAUACAUGAUUUCGCUUGGCAAAGAUUAAACGAAGAGGAAAACGAUUCUCUAGUUCUCAGGUCGCUCACGCCAUGAAGAGUCAUAACAAAAUAAACACCACACCGCUCGUCAACGAUACAGCGGGUGGCGAUGAAGUCCAUUACUACUUAUUUAUCACCCAAAUAGCUUGCUACUGCGUGAUCAGCGUCGUGGGAUCUCUCGCGAACAUGGUAAUUUGCGUGGGACUCUCGCGUGGUCGUCUCAAAUCUACUGAAUAUUUCAUACUUAAUCUCGCUGUUGCAGACUUAUUAGUAUGUGUCAUUGGAAUACCGCUGGAUAUUUACCAUAACUACGCAGACUCAUGGCCAUACGGACCUCUUUUAUGUCACGUGAUAUAUCCGCUUCAGACAUGUCUAGUACUUAUCUCAAUUUUAACUCUAAUGGCUAUGAGUCUUGAGAGACAUAGAGCUAUAUGUAGCCCUCUUAAGCAAAGGGUGAAACCAAAAUGGCUUCGUUUUAGCAUCGUUUGCAUCUGGCUCAUAGCAAUUGCAGCCGUCAUUCCUUACGCUAAAAUAUUAAAAUACACAGAAAAUGAUUGUUUGGAAAAUUGGUCUGUACCAAACAACGCUAAAUACUAUACUCUAGCAUUAUUCAUAAUGGAUUAUUGUAUACCAUUGACAAUAAUAACAUAUUGUUAUACCAGAUCUGGGUAUGUUCUCUAUAAGGAGUUCAAAAAGUUAAACAGAAAGGAAUCGACAUCUUCCAGGGAGAAAUUUGCCAUCAUAAAAAGAUUGCGACAAAAGAAGAAAGUCAUUAAGAUUUUUAGUUUUGCCGUCAUCCUCUUCGUAAUCUGCGUGUUACCAGGCGACUGCUACUGGAUGUGGUUUUCAUUCAGGCCCAUCAAGUCCCAUCUUUUAGACACCCACCUCCAGGCUUUCUCCACCAUCACACUGUAUGCAAACUCAGCCAUAAACCCGUUUAUUUUUGGGGCCUUAAAAAUGAUUCGUCAGCGGAACCUAAAAUCACGAUUUGGCGCCCAAUUGUCUGGCACAAAUAGUUUCUCAGGGAAUAUCAGUUCCGCUGAAAGGGGUGAAGGAUUGAAUCGGAAACAGAUAAAGUAUAAGAAUGUGAAAUCGAAUAUUGUCAUGGUAGUACAGAACACAAAUAGUCAAGUGGGAGGUGAGAAGGUAGAAUCGAGGUAUCGCGACAAAAACAGUAGAUUUCGUAAAAUGGGACUAGACAUUCGUGAAAAAACGUCGAAGAAACUACGUAAUACAAUUACUGAAACAAAAGAUAUAUGACACUGAACAAAACAUGGAUGACACGAAACAUGAUACGGACCAAAAAAUGUGUGUCACUUAUCAUGACACGAAGGACGGAUUAACACGAACAUACAGAUAUGCGUGACACGAAACAAAACAAUGUAAAAAAUGUACAUCAAACGACGGCACAUUUAACGAUGCUAGAUCAAUAUCAAUCGAAACUAGUGGAAGUUUUAAUUUUAUCAUGCAAGAAGAUGAAUGAAAUUAUUGAAAUGUAUCCAAUCUAGAUCAGUCAAAGAAUCAGACGUGUACAAAAUUGACUUCUUCGAAAAAGAUGCGUUGAGACUGAAAAAAAAAACAGAUUCAAACUGCACUAUCUUUUCACUGGCUAUCGAAGUAAUUCAUACAUACUAGGUUUAUAUUUUUCAGUUUGCUCUUUUCAGCAUUAGCCAUUGUAAGUACCAUGUCAUUUAACAAAAAACAGCCGUUCGCCAUAUUUGAAAUGUACAUCGUCAAAAAUUUAAUUCCAACUACUCAUGCCGGACAUUCACUGAGCCUUCUUAGUUCUGAAUAUAGAGAAGUGGGAGAAUUAAGCUUUGUGGGCCCUCUGGUAGUUGCGUUCGGUUGGGAUAAAUGAUAUGAUUGUAAAACUCGUAAAACCCCGUUUGGGGUUGCCCCUAAACAAAUAUUUCCACAGGUAAUACUUGCACUACAUGCAUGAGAUAUGUUGAACCAAGAACAAUGGGCAAUGAACAAAUAGACAAUUCUUUGCUUUGGAGUGUCACAUGUUGAACGGAAAAUAUGGUCUGCUUAAUUGCAAACUCCGCAAUCAAUAUACUUUUUAGUGCGCACGAAAAUUGUUACUUUUCUGCCGAAAAUGGUCACAUUUUCCGCACUCAAUACAAAAAUAAAUCAAAUUGGCAAAUUUUCGAAGCCUAUUUUCAGCAGUUUUAAAAUCUGGAAGGAGGUGUUUCCACAAUCUAACGAAAUUUCCUUGCACAAGAUCGUCACUACGGAGCGAAGAGCCAAUUUUAAAUAGCAUCUAUACCAUCGCCAUCUCUCAAUGAAUAUCAGUACAAGGAAAGCCCAACGUAAAUAAAUGUGGAAUCAGAUGGGUUUGAUACACAAAUUCUUGCAGUUUUGCCAAAAGGGCAGAGUAAAUUGCGCUCAGCCUCAAGAAUUCCAAAACACCCUUCAUUAAACAGGAGGAAUUUCGUUUUAGACCAAUCAGCAAGUUUGUUUGCAUUUUUAGUAACCCAAUCAGAAUGCAUACAUUUUGUCCACCUCCAGUAGAAAAGGUACAUUAUUUACCAUUUUACAUGAAGUAUUAAAAAUCUAGGCAUUACUGAUUGGCUUGCCUGAAAAAUGUAGACAAAUAUGCCGAUGAGUUUAAAACGCUGUUCGCUCCACUAUUUGUUUUACGACCAAGAUAGUCGAAAAAUUCCAGUCCAAAAUUCGAAAAUUAGAAAUGUGUAGCGCCGUACGAUUUUUGGUGAAAA